AUGACAUCAUCAGACACCGACCCCACCGCAGUGACACUGACGCAGGCCCCCACUGCCGCUCCAUCUUCUGAGACGGUCGCGGUGACCAAGUCCAAGUCGAAGAAGAAGCGACAGCAGCAGCAGCGAACUACCCAGCAACUGCAGACAGUGAUUACCCAGCUAAGGCAGCUGUGCAACCAAGCCAACCACGCCAGUUACAUUGAUCAAGCAAACAAGAUCGUUAACGAUCACGGUCUCAAGAUAGAACCAGAACGCCGCAUUGAAAACGGGUUGCGGAUUCCCCCGUCUGUGUGGAGGCCACAGACCGUCGUUCAAAAUAUAGGUGCAGGAGCCGCACGUCCGCGAGGACUACCUCCCCCUCCGAAGGAAAUUCGGCUAACGGCGGCAGAGCGAGCGACUUUGUCCAAAGACCAGGAGCAGAAGGAGAUCCGGUCCAAGCUUCGUUGUGCGGUGACUGUGAAGGAGUUUGAAAUGCUGCUAGUCCAGGCGCAAAAAGCAGGGAUGGACCACGAAGUAGAGCUUACGAGAAAGAAGCUCAGCCAGCUGAAGAAGCAGCAGCCACAGAGACCACAUGCUGCGGAGCCGCAGACUGUAGAGUCGCAGACUGUAGAGUCGCAGACUGUAGAGUCGCAGACUGUAGAGUCGCAGACUGUAGAGUCGCAGACUGUAGAGUCGCAGACUGUAGAGUCGCAGACUGUAGAGUCGCAGACUGCAGAGUCGCAGACUGCUGAGCAGUUAUCUGAAGCCGGGCAGCCCCAGACGAAGGUGGCUGAGGAGUCUCAGCCGACGGCCUCUGAGCCGAAGUCGGGGAUCGCGGCGGAGGAAGCUGAGGCCGAUACUGCAGGGGAGCCGGAGAGUGCCACAGUUGAGGUGUCUGAGGGUGCUGCUAAAAAUCCCGCCGAUGUUAAGCCUGAGGGUCCCGAAGAGUAA